UGUCCCGUGCCAAGCGGAACCAGCUUCCACGUGUACGAUCAGGGUCGCUUCUCCAAAGAGGUCCUGCCCAAGUUCUUCAAGCACAACAACAUGGCCAGCUUCAUUCGACAGCUCAACAUGUACGGCUUCCGCAAGGUGGUCCACAUGGAGCAAGGCGGCUUGCUGAAGCCCGAGAGAGACGACACGGAGUUCCAACACCCCUUCUUCGUCAGAGGCCAAGAGAGCUUGCUGGAGCACAUCAAACGCAAAGUCACCAACGUACGAACGCCGGCGAGACUUUGUCCCGUGCCAAGCGGAACCAGCUUCCACGUGUACGAUCAGGGUCGCUUCUCCAAAGAGGUCCUGCCCAAGUUCUUCAAGCACAACAACAUGGCCAGCUUCAUUCGACAGCUCAACAUGUACGGCUUCCGCAAGGUGGUCCACAUGGAGCAAGGCGGCUUGCUGAAGCCCGAGAGAGACGACACGGAGUUCCAACACCCCUUCUUCGUCAGAGGCCAAGAGAGCUUGCUGGAGCACAUCAAACGCAAAGUCACCAACGUGUCUUCGGCGCGUCAGGAGGAGGGCAAGAUCUCGUCUCACGAGGUCAGCAAACUCCUGAAUGACGUGCAGGCCAUGAAGGGAAAGCAGGAGACCAUCGACUCCAAAAUCAUCGCCAUGAAACAUGAGAAUGAGGCUUUGUGGAGGGAGGUUGUGUGUCUGAGACAGAAGCACGCUCAGCAGCAGAAAAUGGUCAACAAGUUGAUCCACUUCCUGGUGUCGCUGGUCCAGUCCAACAGGAUCAUGGGAGUCAAGAGGAAACUCCCGCUGAUGCUCAACGACUCCGGCUCCUCCCACUCCGUGCCCAAAUACGCUCGCUCGUUUUCCUUGGAGCCCGUGCAGGCCGCUCCCGCCGUCUUCCCCGCGGAAUCCUCCGCGGGCUCCGGGCCCAUCAUCUCCGAUGUCACGGAGCUGGCCACGCCCCCUCCCGAGGAGCGCGCGGAAACCGGGAAGAGGAGCGACGCGGAGGAGGACGAGCCCGCCGCUUCCGACGCCGGGGGUGCGCUAAUGUCCGGAGACACGCCCCUUUCCCCGACCACCUUCAUCAACUCCAUCCUGCAGGACAGCGACGCGCUAACGGCUUCCAGGCCCCGCCCGGCCACCGCCCGCCCGGACCCGGCCGCGACGUGUCAGACGGUCGUGUGCCUCGAUAAGUCGGAAUUGUCGGAUCACAUUGAGACCAUCGACAACAGCCUGGAAAACCUGCAGAACGUUCUCAACAGUCAAAGUUUCACCUUUGACGCCUCACCGCUCAUGGAGUUCUUCAAUCCGCCGGGCGACUUUGACAUCGGCGCUUUGGACUCUCUUCUGUGCGACAACUUGCCCAAAGGAGCCGAGGAAAGCGACGACGCCGGUAAAAGCGCACGCACGCACGCACGCACCCCGUCGGCCCCCACGGCGCGGAAACUGAGCUCCGCGCCCGUCAUCGACUUCAGUUUCUCGAAGAAACUCCAAAUGGCCUCCAACUAUUGA